AUGGCCUCGGAGUAUGCCGCAUCGCGCGAGGACUUUGAGCUAUUCAGGCGCUUCGUCCGCGUGGCACGGCUGCUGGAUGCCAACAAUUUCGACGAGCUUUGCAACCAAGGAGCCUUGACUCCUUCCCCCUCGAUCCGCACAGGCAAUACACCACGCAAUAGCGGCGGAGGAGACGACGACGACGCCACCAAUGGCAACUCAUCCUCAACCUCAUCCUCCGAAUACGACGACUCCGACGAGGAAUACUACGAAGAUGACGAUGCGAUGCAGCUGCAAGGCGAGGCCGAGCUCGACGUCAGCAGCACCCCUCCACGGAUAAGCGACCAAGACACCCAGCGUCCCCCGCAGCCCCGAUCUCAGCGCAGGCAGCCGACCACGAGGCAAUCCAGUACCAGAGCUGCAACAGCAACAGCAGCCCAGCGCCGUCGGCAACAGCAGGAGAAGGUAAAGCCGAAGCGCCCCCGUCCCCAUGCCGCCGUGGAGAAGCGGUAUCGGUCCGUGGUGAACAGCAAGAUCCAGCAGCUCAAUGCCUUGAUUCCCGCGUCAAACACGUUUACACCGGGAAUAUCAAACGGGCCGGGUGCAUCGGAGGGAACAGAAGGGACGGGGUCACAGAAGAUGCCGACCAAGUCGGCUGUCUUGGAUAGGGGCCUACACUAUACGGAUCACUUGAUAGCGACGUAUGAGCGGUAUGAGGCGGAGGGGAACGAGUUGCGGAGCAAGUUGCAGCAGUGGCUGGAUAUUUCAGCGGUGGACGGUGACGCUCCGGGCGAAUGA